AGCAGAGCUGCUCAGUUGCCGUAGCAGCGCAGCUUCAUUCCUCCACUCGGCUGCUGUGCGCGCUCAUCUCACACUCCUCCUCCUCUUCUUCCUCCUCCUCACACGAAUCCAUCAUUCGCUUUUCUUUUUUUAAUUUGCAGAGUGAAGUUAUGAAGAGGAGGGCGACGGCGUAAAGUUGAUCCCAUCUCUCGAUUUCUGACACACGAGGGAUCCUUCGCGGUGAAAGUGAUAACAGCGCUGGUGAUUGUGCGGAGGGCAUGGCUCUGCAGGCGGUGAACGGCAGCGUGCUGGAGGAGUCGCCGGGCUGCGUGGAGCUGGGGAACCUGAGCAUGGGGGUUAACACGAGCUGCACCAACAGCUCCGUCCUGCCCAGACCGACCUCCACCAGAGUCCGAGAGAUGGACUCGCUGCGCAUCCUGCUCUACGUGCUCAUCUUCCUGCUCAGUGCCUUCGGCAACCUGCUGAUCAUCGUGGUCCUGAUGCUGAACAAGCGCAUGCGGACCGUCACCAACUCCUUCCUGCUGUCGCUGGCGGUCAGCGACCUGAUGAUGGCUAUCUUCUGCAUGCCCUUCACCCUCAUCCCCAACAUCCUGGAGGACUUCAUCUUCGGAGCCUCCAUGUGCAAGACUGUCACCUACUUCAUGGGCAUCUCCGUCAGCAUCUCCACCUUCAGCCUCGUAGCCAUCGCCAUCGAGAGGUACAGCGCCAUCUGCAACCCGCUGAAGUCGCGGGCGUGGCAGACUCGCUCCCACGCCUACCGCGUCAUCGCCGCCACGUGGGUGGUGUCGCUGCUCAUCAUGGUGCCGUACCCGGUGUUCAGCAACAUCAGGACCUUCCCCAAGUCCAACGGCACCGUCGGCCACAUGUGUCGCCUGGACUGGCCCAGUCGGCAAGCUGAACAGACCUGGUAUGUGCUGCUGCUGUUCACUCUGUUCUUCGUCCCGGGAGUGGUGAUGAUUAUAGCCUACGGUCUGAUCUCCAGAGAGCUCUACCGAGGAAUGAGCUUCGAGCUGGGCCAGAACACCGAGCCCUCCGGCCAAAAAAACGGUGUGGGCAGGUCUGCGACGAGAACGAAUGAAGAAGAUGACGGCUGCUACAUCCAGGUGGCGAAAAAACCCUCCUCGGCCGUGGAGCUCCCCACCCUCUCGGCCCCGUCGGCCGCCACCCAGGCCAAGACUGAGCGCGCCCGCAGCAACACCUCCGAGGCCAAGCUGCAGGCCAAGCGGCGAGUCAUCCGCAUGCUGAUGGUGAUCGUGGCGCUCUUCUUCAUCUGCUGGAUGCCCCUGUACUCCGCCAACACCUGGAAAGCCUUUGACCUGAGGUCGGCCUCCAGAGCGCUCUCAGGAGCACCCAUCUCCUUCAUCCACCUGCUGUCCUACAGCUCUGCCUGCGUCAACCCCAUCAUUUACUGCUUCAUGAACACGCGCUUCCGCCAGGCCCUGUUGUCCACCUUCGCCUGCUGCUGCCGCAACUGGCUCUGCCGCAAGUGCUUCUGCUGCGGGCGGAGGGAGGGAGGAGAAGACGGCCUCACCGCCACCUCCAUGGCCACGACGAUGGUCACCUCCGUGUCGAAGAUCAGCUACACCACCGUCAGCACCACCGGCACCUGAUGAAUGUUCCAGCGGGAAGAGCUGGGCGGCCGCGGCCCGCAUCUCUUGUGUUUUGUUUCAACGUCCCGUUUGUCACUCUUCAUAUUAAUGUGUUGUGAGUCGUGCGCUGGGUAACAUCCCUGCCCUCAUUCGUGGGGUCGUUUUAAAAGGUCUCAAAUUGUAAUUCUCUGUGCAUGAUUGCAGAUGUGACAGUGGGGAAAACGCCGUUUCCGUUUGGUGAUGUGAUUAUAUUUCUUCUGUUCGGUUGGCAGUUAUCAUCUGAACAGAACAUCAAGUGCCUGUGCUUCUUGUGAGGCGUUGUCAUGGGAGGUUUGUUCACCGGCCGAGACGGACGUUUUAGUGAAAACGACACUGUGUACAUCUGAGUACUGUCUUUAUGUUUUGACUUUGCCAAAGGUUAAUUUCCGACAGACGGACUGUUGAACACUGAGGACUCAUGAACUCAGUGAUGAAUCAGUGUGGAUUUCAGAUCCUUCUGUGUUUAAUAUUGUUUCAUCUUCACUCAUUCAGGGAAUCCUUCUCUCUCUAUCCUUGGACCGUCUCUUGGCCUGAUUGUCGUAUGUCAAUUUUUUUUAUUUAUUGGGUUGAUUCUGUCAGACUUUUAUCAAAGACAGUCUUUGACCCUCGUGAAGCAUCUUGGUGCAUCUUCAUACCGUAUAAUUAUCUUGCAAUUACACAAUCCUAAGACCGUCAUUUUGCUUUAUCUUGUCAGGUAUCAGGUGCUGCAAAGCCUGGAGUGUAGAAUCAGGCAAUUUGCAAAGAGGGUUGAAGACGGAACUUAAAUCUCCCGCCGGUAUUUUGAAUGCUGAUGCAGACAUUAAUAUUAACAUCAGAUCAUUACAACAUUAAAAGGUCAAUGAGAAGUUACGAGGGCACAUAGUUGACCCGUGAAAGCUGAUUGCUUUGUUGCCUCCGUUUGCCCUUCCAACACCUUUUCUGAUCAACGAUCUGUGUCUUUGUGCUCCGCCCCUUCCACUGCAGCGCUGGCAGACAUCGGAGACAUUACCUGAGAACACAGCUAACGAGGUGUUUCUCAGGGACCCUCUCCUGCGGCGCCGUCCCGACGGCUUUGCCUUUGUGAAGCCGACAGCAAACACUCUCAUCCGAGCCCGUCGAGUCUUUGAUAACAAUCACAACCUUGAUUCAUAACCUUUCUCACAAAGCGCGCGGCUCAAAGGGCGCCACAAGGGGAACAAGGAAAAUGAGACGAGGAUGAGAAUUGUUGGGUGGGAAAGACGACGUAAAUAAUAAAUCAAAACCAGUAAAAACACAGAGCUUUAAAGGAUUAUUUUGGGAAUUCUGUCAUUUAAAUAUGACGAUUUGGAAUAUAGGCUCGAAGCAACAUUUAGAUCUCAUACCUUCACUCGCUGCUUGUUCCAUGUUGAAAUGUUCAUUGGUGGGUUGUGGUGUCACGCUGACUACGACUCUGACAAUGUCUCUGACUUUGCACUUAUAGAGACUCUGCUGUCGCGCUGCUCGCUCUUUGGUGAGCUUGCUGCCAGUUUCUUAUUUGGCAGUUUGUUAAACUAAUGCAGUCUAAUACAGUCGUCCCAUAAAUCCUCUGUCAUUUAGUUUAUAGUGUUUCCUUUUUGUUGAAAACCUUUUGGAGAGGUGUUUAUUCAACUGUAGGUCAUUUUGUUGGGAUGUAGUCUGUGGUGGCUUUGUUAUAUAACAAUUUAUAAUUUAGUUAAAAUGUACACAGCAUUUAUCGCUUUGACAGUCGCACGACCCGUUGGCUUUGAGAAAAGGGUUGAAAAUUCAGUUGAGACACACGUACUCCAUUGAAAAAUAUGAUCUUAAUAACGCGACAUAAUGAAUGAAUUCGUACGGAAAUUAUUAAUGACUUCUUUUAAGGAAUACUGUAAAUGAUGCCGAUACAGUGAAAAGUUAAUAUUAAACCCUACAUACGUGGGAUGAAAGUAUUACUUUGACAGCUUAGUGCUGCAUCUCCAUCCACUUUCAAGUGUGCUCCUCUUUUUCAUGUCCUCUCCCGCCCCCAGCACUCCACCCCCCUGCACCACCCCCCACCCUUUUAUCCCUCUUCGUUGCAGAGGCGUAUGAAUACAUGAAUGACAAUAGCGUGUGGGUGACGGCAAAGAUUUGUCUUUGCAGGCGCAGGCGCCGUCCGAGAGCAGUUCACAGGCGGUGGCAGCGAGUCGGCCUCGCAGAUGGACUGCUGGCCCACAAAGAUCCCUGACAGGGCUCUUCCCUGUGAACACGAUUGGUCCAGGCGAUGAAGGAUCCCCACGUCUCUGCCUGCACAUGGUGCAGCCUGUGAAUUCAUUCAGCGUUUAUUUGGCUGGCUGUGCAUCCAUUUAUCUUCAUUUGUUUUAAGUUUUGUGGACAUUAUCAAGUAGGACACGUAAUGAAACGCAACCUGAUAAGGAAUAAUGAAGAUGUACAACUUCACAGUCUCCUGUCAUGUGCAUUAUGAAUGAACAGUGCAGAAACAAGCCCUGCUCACUUCAAGUUAUGGUAAAAGCCUCCCAGAGAGACUGAGGUUUGCUCUCCAGAAUGUAGUUUCUGUUGAAUUUUAUAUCUAUUUAGAUGUGCACCUCAGCAGGUUUGGACAUGUAUUAUUUAAAUGAGCAAAGCAGCGAGAGCAGCCGUCUUCCUUAUUUUCACACUUGAAAGAGAGAAGCUGGUUUUACUCAGGAAAAGAAUGGCGGAAGUAAAUACUGCAAGUUGGUCGUGUUGCGUCAUUGGGUUAGCGCCAUGUUCUCCUGAGCUCAGACUGAUGUUUCGGCGGGAACGAGGUAACGAGUGCACCCUCCGGUCCACGUCACAGGUCGCUGCUGUACGGGGCAUCGUGAUUGUCCGUUUUAAUGCACUUAAAUUGAAAGUACGGGGCCGUGCACACACACACACACACACACACACUAGUGUCUCUCUCAUCUCUGCCUCCCACAAGAAGAAGCCAAUUAGGUGCUGGAGGCAGCACGAGAGGAGGGAAAAACAGCAAACCGCACUUGCCUCUUUAGCUCGGCUCACAACAUAAGCAAAUAUGAUUCAUAAUCUCGGGAACACAAAGAAAGUCAAAGUACAAAAUGUCAUUGUUCACCUUCCUGCAAGUGAAUCCCAAACCACAGGCUCCCUUUUGAAGCAACAGGCAGCAGAGGGAUGGGUCAUGUGUGCAGCUUUAAUAAUCGUCCAGCUGCUCGUCAUGAUGCUUCUCUUAGUUGAGCUCUGAUUUGAUCUGACUCUCCAUGGAAACUCGCUCACCUCCAGCUCUCGAAAUCUUUUAUGUAAAAAUGCUUGGAAUAAGGUUGCUUUUUUUUUUUUUUUCUUUCUUUCUUUUCGUUCCUGAAAAGUUGACUUGCUAGUUACUAGGUUUGUAGCCAGCAGCACAGUUUGACAAAGUCUCAUAAGGAAAUGAGUUGUUCCUCAAUCAUUCAUAACGGCUUUCUGGAGGGCGGCUGCAAGUGAAAUGUGCCUCCUUCUUUUCUCUUGUUCCUCAGUAGAAUAAUUCAUAAUUGCAAAGAGUGAUUUCACCUCGGGCACAUAAUAUAGAAUAUUUUGUUUCUGCACCUGGGUGUUACCGGGACGCGAGAAAACAAUCCUACAAGUAAAGUAACUAAAGUGAGAAAUGCUGAGGUGACGAGCGGCACAGACACGAGGGGAUGAAAUCACACAUUCAGUUAUUAGCAUCGGAACUCCACUGAUGGUGGAGCUGUGCGUCGACAUGCGCUCAAUGUUUACCACGGCAGUCUCGGGGUCUGCUGAAUUCCUUUGGUUAUUUUAGAUUUUUUUCCAGAUCUGGUGCCUGCUUGUGCAACAUUAUAAAACAAAACGUGUAUUUGUCUGUCAGUUGAGGUUUUUAAAUGUGAGUUUAUCGACGCUUGUGAAGUUUUGCUUUGACUGUAUCUUCUGUAUGAUAUAGCUAUCAUGAGGCCGUCUAUAUGUACAGUAUUUUUCAUGCUAAAUGUCCAUUAUUUAACCAAAAAAUAAAUAUUGGGAAAUCA